AUGUGUGCAGACUCGGAUCCUGUCACCAGAUUUCCGCCAGAGAUCUCGUCAAAAGUCCUUGCGUUUGCCGCUUCUCGGCUGAUUUCUGCUAAAUCGCUUGAUCCAAGUAUCCUGGUUAUCUCAAGCGACUAUCUUUUAGAGCUGACGCACGUCUCUACAUCAUGGCGGGACUUGAUCCUCUACAGCCCGGAGUUAUGGGCCGAUAUUGUGAUAGAUGAAGACGCUUACGAUAUGCGUACUCGAGUACAUGUUCAUUGUAGUCUUUCAAAAUCUCAUCCUGUCUCCCUCUCCAUCUUGAUACACCCAAGUGGUAAUCUGGCACUCGCAUUGCACCUGCUGCGGGAACAUACGUCGCGUAUACAAAGUUUAUUUGUGAUUGAGCAGCCAUUUUUGCCACUCAUCAGUACCGCGCUUGGCCCCCUCCCACAUCUCAGGACCCUCCUCUUUCCUCCGCGCCACAAGUUGGAAGCCUGCGCAAUAUCGUUCAUCGAACAAAAUCCACAGAUUCAAUAUAUUUACGGGGUGACAUUGAAGCAUGAUCUCCUCAACUCAAAAUGGUUGCAUUGCCUCUUUGAAGUAGCAUCAGAAAUCCCACUACGAGAGCUGGUACCCCAUCUUGGCAGUCUCAAGAAUCUCCACACUAUCAAAUUUGGAUUCUUUUUACCAAACCAGCUCACUGCAUAUGCUCUCGAUUUCGUUCCUACUAUACCAUGGAUCCACGUGCGCACUUGGGAUUUUCACGCUUUCUUGGGCACUUUUAAUCGAGUAAGAGAUGCAGAUAUUCUCAUACCAGCUGUCUCCAAAACCCUAACGACGCUGGAAACGACUCUUCAUGUUUCAUUAUUGCCAGCACUCUUGGGCCAGUUGGCGCAUUGCUAUAGAAUACGACACGUCGACAUGAAUCUGAUUCCCCAUCUAGAUCGUAUCGAUGCCAACGUUCGAAUUCCGCCCUCUGCUACUACACAUUUGACGAUCCGUGCACCAAUGGCAACGAGAGGAAGUGAAAAGUGGCUCCCUUCGACCAUAAAGCUUCUUAGAACCUGCUUCGUCAACGUACUCGAACUCAAGCUGAUAGGAAAGUCAGCCGGAGGACUUCUGAAUCUUCUUAGUUACGGCAAUCUUCCCAAACUCACCCGAGUGACCCUCGACAAGACGAUAGAUAGAUACAUUCAAGCAUUCUCAUUGUCCCGUUCCAUCCAGCACCUCCAUAUCUUCGCACGGGGUGCGAAUAUAUAUCAGUAUAGGUCAAAUACAUUAUCAACCUUGGAAAUCGAUCACUAUGAAAGUCGCGAGAACACACCACUUGACUUGAAUUCCUGGCCAGCCUUGAAAACGUUGCAAUUGAGUUCGAAGCACGGAGCUCGAUGGAGCGGGGCAGCAUUCAAAGACUUGACGACAAUCGAUCUUCACCAUCGACCAACUGAGACAGUAGAAUACGAUGGCACAAACCUACUUUACCAUCUUGGCAUCAACCCAUAUGCCCUCCCCGCCCUUCGAGAACUCAACCUCAUGCCUUAUAUAGAAUGGGAUAUACUCUUCAUCACUCUUGAACAGCGAAAUAUUCAUACCAACUCUGUGGCAUCUCCUUUGGAAACCCUCUCCUUCUUCUCGACAAUUCCUGCCGGGUUUGCCAACAAAAUAUCCAAACUCCUGGCCGGCGAACAGGUCGACCGACCAUCAAACCUUCACCUCUCAUGGGUGGGGAACCUAAACAUUAUACAGGACACGGACCUGUGA